AUGGCCAAAUUUGACAACUGCGUCCUCCUCACCCGGGUCGGCAAUUUCUACGAGUUGUACUUUGAACAGGCGGAAGAAUACGGGCCUCUCCUCAAUCUCAAAGUCGGCCACAAGCAGACCAAGCUCGGGCCUGUCGCAAUGGCCGGAUUUCCCUUUUUCCAAUUGGACAGGUUCUUGAAAAUGCUUGUCCAAGAUCUCAACAAAUAUGUGGCCAUAUGUGAGGAAUUCCUGGUCCAGGUCUCUGGCAAGGUCAAAUCCGGUGGUCUCAAACACGAUCGUCGGGUGGCACGAGUGAUAACCCCGGGUACGUUGAUUGACGAGAAGUUCCUGGAUCCGUACGAAUACAACUUCCUGCUAUCGAUUGCCCCGGAGCCUGUCAUGAUCGAGCAAAGCAAUGGUGAUGUGGGAGCUCCAGAACCAGAGCCUGAGCAGAAGCUCGGUCUUGCUUGGUUGGACCUAUCUACUGGCGACUUCUACACGCAGAUCACAGGUCGUGGCUCACUGUCGUCAGCAUUGACCAGAAUUGAUCCCCGGGAGAUCAUUCUACCUUCUAACAUUUCCGAAGGAAUUCAAAAUGAGGUGCAGAAUAUAGUCGGCCGAGACCAUCGACUACUCACGUUGCAUGAGACAGAGAGUGAUUUUAUAUCCAUGGCCGAGUGGAAUGAGAUGCUCGAAUCUCCCGUGCCUGCAAACGCAGAUGAGAGGUUCAGCAUGGCAGAAAAGCAUGCUGGUCACCGACUUCUGGACUAUGUUCGCCAUCGGCUGCAGGGCUUACAGCUUCGUUUGCAGCCUCCACGUCAACGCGAAAUACAGGCUAUCCUGAACAUUGACCGCAACAGUCUCAGAGGCCUGGAGAUUUUGGAAACCGCCCGAGACGGCCUUGGAAAGGGGAGUUUGUUUCAUGCUGUCAAGAGGACCUCAACUAAAAGUGGUGCACGCCUUCUACGAGACCGUCUCACAUCCCCGUCGGCCUCGCUUGGUGAAAUUAAUGAUCGGCUUGACUUGGUCACAGUCUUCGUUGAAAACCAGGAGUUGGCGGAGUCGUUGAUCUUCCGACUUCGAAGAACAUUCGAUGUCCAACGCAUCGUUCAAAAAUUUGCGCUGAACAAAGGAGAUGCGGAUGACAUGUUGUCAUUAGCAAGCGCCAUAACCGAAACCGUCGCGACGAAUGAUCUUCUGCAGUCGUUGGAACAGGACUUGAACCUGGCGGAAACCAAUGGGAUGAACCAAGCACAUGUGGUGCUUCCUCUCCGGAAGCUUCUGCAGCGUUUUGAGCUGCACGGUCCAGCUGAGCUCCAGGCUCGGAUUUCUUCGGCUAUUGACGAACAAGGCCUCAUGCAGAAGCAUCGGCUUGAAGAAGACGAAGCGGCAAGUGUUGCCGCCAUGGCACAUGAUGUCGUAUUGCAAAGUGGUCCAGAGGAAUUGGAUUUAUUGCCCAAAGCCGUCCAAGCUCGCAGCAAAUUGGAGGAUCAAAAGAAGGACGAGAUCGAACUUGAAGAGCCCUGGAUAAUGCGUCGCGAUGCUAGUGAGACGCUGCACCGAUUACACAAAGACCUGGACUCGCUCCAGACAGAAAAAGUUCACCUAGCGAACAGGCUGCGAGCGGAACUCUCAGCGCCGACGCUGAUGCUGAAGUCCACACCUGGCCUCGGCCACAUUUGCCAUAUUCGCAGUGCCACAGGCUUUGAUCGAGAGAAAUUGGAAUCGCUCCAUGCCAAGAUGGUCUCAUCCUCUAAGAGUACUCGUUCCUUCUAUCUGGGCGACUGGACUCGGUUGGGCCGCCGGAUCGACCAAGCGAUUCUAAACAUCCGCGAGGAAGAGAAGCGAAUAUUUGCAACGCUGAGGGAGCUUGUCAUCAAGAACCUGGUAACACUGCGGCGCAAUGCGGCAGUCAUGGACGAACUAGAUGUUGCAUGCGGCUUUGCCCUCCUCGCGAGGGAGCAAUCGUGGGUUCGACCUCUCCUCAACAACGGUACAGAGCACAAAAUCAUCGGAGGCCGGCAUCCUACAGUCAAAGCAGGGCUGGAAGAGCAAGGCAGAUCUUUUGUCAGCAACAAUCUCGUCCUUGACCACAAGGAGCGAAUAUGGUUGGUGACAGGACCCAAUAUGGGUGGGAAGAGUACGUUUCUCCGGCAGAAUGCUCUGCUUACAAUACUUGCUCAGGCCGGCUCGUACGUGCCAGCCGUCCACGCUGAGAUCGGGCUUGUGGACCAGAUCUUCAGUCGGAUAGGGGCUGCGGAUGACUUGUUUCGAGACCAAUCUACCUUUAUGGUGGAGAUGCUGGAGACCGCAGCGAUACUGAAGCACGCCACUCCCAAGUCAUUUGUGAUCAUGGACGAGGUAGGGCGAGGCACGACCCCCGAAGACGGAACUGCCGUUGGAUAUGCGAGUUUGUAUCACCUCUAUCACAUCAACAAAUGCCGAACACUCUUCGCGACCCAUUUUCAUGCCCUGGCUGAUAUGACACGAAAAUGGCCCAACCUGUGCUGCUAUUGUACUGAUGUGCUGGAGGAUGAACAUGGCUCGUUCAUGUUCUUGCACCGAUUGAAGAGGGGCAUCAAUAGACAGUCACAUGCGUUGAAGGUUGCAAAGUUGGCCGGACUACCUCCAGCAGCAGUCAAAAUUGCAGAAGACCAGAUGAUGUAG